UGAGGAAUAGUCUUUCCCCAAUUUGCAGAAAGCCCCCACAUUUUUCCUCCCUACGCUUCUUUCACUCGCUCGUCCUCUCCCAAACCCAAACCCUCCGAAUCUUCAACUUUCUGAAUUGCCGUCAUCCUCGCCGUCUCUGGCCGUUAAAUCUCGCCGGCGGUGAAGUAGAAUCUCCUCAGUUCCUUGUAACGGACAGAGACCAUUUUCAUAAUUUAUUGAUAACUUUCGUGGGGAUUGAAGAGGUUCUGAUGGCUGGUCUGAUGUCUGGUGAUCCCUUGACGCAUCAUGGAGCUUAUGAAGGUGGAAGUUUUAGGGCUUCUCAAGAAAGGCCAGAUGACAGUGGUGGUCGUUGGUAUUUCUCCAGGAAGGAAAUUGAAGAGAACUCCCCAUCGCGACAAGAUGGUAUAGAUUUGAAGAAAGAGACUUAUCUACGCAAGUCAUAUUGUACAUUCCUGCAAGAUUUGGGCAUGAGGCUUAAAGUGUAAGUCCUUGUUUUUUGAUUGUCGUCGUCAUUGUGGCUUUCUUAUAAUUGGAUUCAAUUUUUUGUGCUAUUUGGUGAUUGUUCUUUUAGUUUUUUCUUUUACCAGGCGCAAUGUUUGCAUUGUUUUACACACUGCUAGAAUUGCUAAUGCUUGACGUGGUGUAAUAUAUACUUUUUUGAUAAAGAUGACUUCAUAUAAUCUAUACUGCAGUUCUGCCUUAUCAUUACACUGUCAAUCCGAGGUUACUCUAGGUUGUGGUGAAAUUGGCUUAGGUAGUUGGUUUCCUCUUCUUUUUAGAUUUGCGUUUGUCUUCUAGAACUCCAAAUUGAGGAAACCUUUAGAGAAAGCUGCCUCCCAAGUUCCAACUUGAAAAAAUGAGAGGUAAUAAGAUCCUUCGUUUUGAGCAACGAGGUACUAAAGUCCUUCAUGUAGCGACAACAUCUGAAUCUUCUUUAGAUGUCUCUUUAGUAUGAGCAGCGAUUGAAAUCCUUUCCGUGAUAUCCUCUUCUUAAACAUGUGCUGACCAGCGUCAUUGAUUUCUUGAUAGACCAACAUUAUUGUCAAAUGCAGUUAGAAAGUGCUAACGCUUGCUGGGCAUCAUGGGCUUUAGUGAAAGAAGGCGCAAAUAAAAGAAUUAGAAAUAAAUAUGUAACACAAGAAAAAAUAACUGUAAACACAAAAAGUAAUUUCUGUACAAAAUGAAUUGGAAAAGCUACACUUAUGAACUAAAAAUCAUGUCAAUAAGGUUCAGUAAUCUUCGUUUAGAGCAAAGAUGCAAUAUGAGGAUAAUAAAUGAUGUUAGUAACUAUCAGAAGAAAAAGAGAUCUUAGUAGCUUUUUUUUAUUGCUAAAUUUGUGUCCCUAUUCCAAAUCACUAAGAUAAUAACAUUCAUAAAGUCUCCAUAAGAUUAGUAUAUCACUUCGCCAACUAUAUUUAUUUUCUAGUAUUCUCCUCUUCAAAACAGAGUCAUGAAAAUCACAUGGGUGCAGUGUUUUGAAUAGCGAGAGGCGAGAAAAAGCGACGAGUGCCCGCUUCACUGAGGUGAGAAGCGAAGCGCUCGCCUUUUUGCAGUGAAGCGCCAAUUAAUACAAAAAAAUUAAAAUAUUAAAAUUUGCAUAUAUAAAUAACCAAAAACUCAAUAAUAAUAACAUUUUAGCAAAUAUUUCAUUGGAUAUACUGUUUAAGAGAGAAAUUAAUUGUAAUCAAAGAGAGAAAAGAACAAUUAAUUGUAAUUGUAAUUAUAGAGAGAAGUUAAUAUGCAAUUACUUGUAUACAAAAACUGAAAAAAUAGAAUAAAAGAGAAAUAGAAGAAGAAAGGCGAGUAGAAAAGAGAGAAAACAUAGGUGAAA